CUUCCAUGAGCAAGAAAUUCUACCUUCUCUGGCUAUUCCCAGUGCUGGGGAACACUGUCCCUUCUGAACUGCUCCCCACUAACUUCCCUGACUUCUACAAGCCUUUCCUAAUCCCUCUUAUAAUUAUUUCCUAUUUAUCCUGUAUAUAGUUUGUUUAUACAUGGUUUUCAGUUAUUUCCCUCACUAGAUUGUAAGCACCUUGAGGACAGAUGUUUUUUGUAUCCCCAACACUUAACAUGGUGCCUGGAACAAAGUAGGUACUUAAAUGUAUUAACUAUUUUGUUUGAAUCUCCAAAUCCUUAUUCUUCAAUUCUGUUCCAUCUAGUCCAAGUCCUAGUUGCCAUUUGGUCUGGGGAAGAAAAGGCUUCUUGUUUAAUCUUGAGGCUGAUUAGUGAUAGGCCCCCUCCUCCCAUUGGCCUGGCCCUUACAAGAUUAGGAUAAAUAAUUGGUGGGAAAAAACUAGGAGUCAUUAGUUCCAGUGACUCCAGUCUGAAUGGCUGAUUCUGGUGAUGGUCGCAGCAGCAGCGGCAGUGGCCGAAGUGGAAGCAAUGAGAGUCCUCGGGCUUGGGGCUGGCAGUCACUGACAGUCUGCAGGUACUUUCAGCAAGGGUUCUGUUUUCGUGGAAAUGAUUGCAGGUAUCGGCACUGCCAAGCUCCAGGCUCCUCAGAAUGCACAACAGAGCCUCCUCUACCCCUGCCAGAAGUUAGACCAGAGCUGAUGCCAGCCACCCCACAUUCAGUACCUGAGGAGUUUAGUCCACCAUGUGCCCAAGAUGGUGGGAGAUUUGGUAUGAAACAUCUGGGCACAAAGGAGGAAGUCAACAGCACUUUCUCUGACCCCCUGGACAUACCAUUAGAUGAUCUAAAUCUUAACUCCAACCUGGAGGUUGGAACCCAGCCUGAUCCCAGUCCUGACUCCUUCCCAGAGCAGAAUGUUUCCAGGUCCCCAGGAACUCGGACUCCAGAGCUAAUGGAAAAGACCCAGGAUGUAGUGUGUGGCAUCUGUAUGGAGAAGAUUUGGGACAAACCCCCUGCAGACAGUUUCUUUGCCAUUCUGCCCAACUGUUCCCAUGCCUACUGUGUGAAAUGUCUCCGGACCUGGCGCCAGAGCUGGGGAAAUUACCCUAAAAACAUCAUCAAGGCCUGUCCUGAGUGUCGAGUGCAUUCUAACUAUUUUGUCCCCUGUAAGUUCUGGGUAAGCAAGGGACCAGAGAAGGAGCAACUCAUCAAGAACUUUAAGGCUCGAACAAGCCAAAUUCACUGUAAGUUCUUCAUCCAAAGAAAAGGCCGCUGUCCUUUCAGAUCUGACUGCAUAUACCAGCACCAGUUCCCUAACUCCUGGACAAAGAAUUGGGAUUCUAUUCUGACACUGAGUGAACCAUCGGACAACACAGAUGAGGAAGAAAUCUAUUUCCUUGACCAUACCAUCAGCAUCUCCAUAAUAAUGAAGAAAACCUUUUCCAAAUCAAGGAAUUCUGAUGACUCCUGUGGGAGUUGUGAAACAGGAGCUAUGUCCAGUGGUGCUCUUCAGAGGCAGAGUAAGAGUUCAUAUGGAAAGAAUCCAUCUACUUCAUGGUCUGCAUUAAUGGGAUAUUUGGAAAUGGGACAGGGCGGGAGAAAUGAAUGACUGGAUCUUUUACCAUGAGAGAGGUUCCCAUUCUUUUCUGUUCUCCUUGGGCCUUAGUUUUUAACUUUUUAUAUCAUUCUGAAACAAAUUAAACUAGUUUAAAUCACUA